AAGGUGAUGUUACAGUGUAAUUACGCAAGUAUUCACAUUCACAUUUAUUUGCAUAGCGCUUUUCGCAAUACAUAUUGUUUCAAAGCAGCUUUACAGAAAAUGCAUGUCAACAUUACAAUUUAGAGUGAUCUGUUAUCAGAGGUGAUUUAGUGCAAGUUACAUAAUUUCAGAAAUGUACAUAUACAAAUCACGCAGUUAGCAGAAACAAUGAGCUCAUUGAACUAAUGAAUACAUGUUAACAAAUGAUUAGGAUAUAUAGAUACAUUUUGCAUUUGUGCAUGUUGAUCCAGAGUUGCGUCAUCUGAAGACCUCGCAGGGGUUGGGGUCAUCUCUUCAUAGGUGUUGAGGCUGACGUACUCUCUAGUUACACCGGGAUGGGCAUCCCGAGAUAAAACAGAAAAGCAAAUGGAAAAUAAUUAGCGUAGCUGCUGUUCAUAACAUUAACCAAAGAUAAUCAUGUGCAUUUGAUCUGAUGUAAGUAUACUGAGUAAUAUCAAUUAACUAUGACCCUGUUUCACAGACAGGGGUGGAUUAAGCCAGGAGUAGGCCAUAGUUCAAUUAGAACAUUUAAGUAGCUUUUAUAAACGUGCUUUAUGUUAAGAUAUGCCAGUGCAAGUUGCUUUCAGUUAAAACAGCUCAAACAUGCAUUUUAGUCUGGGACUAGGCCUAAGCCUUGUCUGUGAAACCAGGAAUAAUUUACUGUUUUUAGCACAUGUAACUUGUAAUUAUGUCACCUUAAAAUAGUGUUACCGAUUAUUUUCAGGUCAGAAAAGGUAAAUAAAGUGAGCUUAUGGAAGUAGCUUCUUUCCCUUUUACAUAUAGUUCCUGUUAUUCAAAUCAUUUUUAAUUAUUCUCUAGCACCAGUAACAUUCUUUUUAUUUGGUGACAUAAGUGCUUAUUAUAAGUUUUGUGCAUUUUGUGAUCCUGUAAUAUUUGCUGUAUUCAGUGAAUAUUUUGACACAGGUUAAUUGUUAUGUGUUAUACAGUACAAAGUAUAUUAAUGUUGAGUUCAUAUUCCAAACAAAUUCAUUUAUUAUUCGAAAAUUUAGGGUCGGUAAGAUUUUUUAAUGUUUUUGAAAUUAUGCUCAUCAAAAUCAGUAAAAACAGUAGUACUGUGAAAUAUUUUUUUUUUUUUUACAAUUCAAAAUAACUGUUUUCAACUUUGCCAUCACAGGAAUAAAUUACAUUUCAAAAUAUGUCAAAGUUGAAUUUUCAGCAUCAUCAUCAUCAGUCUUCAGUGUCACAUGAUCCUGCAGAAAUCAUUCUGAUAAGCUGCUCAAGAAACAUUUCUUAUUAUCAGUUGAAAUCAGUUGUGGUGCUUAAUAUUUUUCUUUUUUGUGUCUUUGAUGAAUAGAAAGUUCAGAAUAACAGAAUUUACACAUACUUGCCUCAUCAGUCUAUCUCCCCAUGUGUUACUGUAAGAUAUCAGUCAUGGAAACAGGAGCUCAUGCAUUUAUUUCUUGCUCAGUGAGUCCCAUAACUCAUAGGUCUGUAUCCCCACAUGGAAUUUCCUUUAUUGGCGGCUGAUCUUACAGAAAGUACUGUGACUGUCAUCAGAUGGUAAUACCAUGGUAUUUUGAUACUAUUCUACUGAAUGUUUACAUUCCUACACCAAGAGUGUGUUUACACAAGAGUAGGCUACUUAAAAUGUUCCAUAACAUUUUCCAGGUUAAGCUGGGUUUUCCCCACGGAUACCCAGUCAUGGAUAAGGUAUUUUCCUUUGUGACAUUACUAAAAAGUGUUUUUGACCUGAAUAAGCGUUAAUUUUGUGAUUACAUCGCCAUCUUCUGGGCAUUCUUACACUGAAGUCAUGAGAAUUACUUAUUUUCUGCACUAGAUGUCAGUAAUGUUACUCACAUUCGAAGGAAGAAUAACAAUGGUGACUAAGUAGGUAUAUCAUCAACCGUUUCUCGGACAAAUCAUGGACAAAUACAGCUGGUAUAAUUAAGUGUACUUAAAGAUGUUUACUAUAUAGGCCUACGUAUUUCAGAUGUCUGUUGAGGCCAAGAUGAACAUGAGAUCGCUAUUACAUCGCUUAUGCCUGUGAUACAGGACCGUUUCGCUUAUUGGUCAUGGACAUUUAUAGACAUGCAAGCCUUUUAUUAAAGUAAACCUGGUCCGUGAUUAAACUAGAAUCAGAAAAUAUAGGUUAUUGAUGUUCUUCCGUAUUUGCGUCGUUCGCGAUACCUGCAUAUUCAUCAUCAUCACUCCUUAUUUGCAUAGCCUACUACUUUCGCUUCCUCAUCGGGAGACAGGAGUUGAUCAACUUGAUCACUUUCUGAAACAAACAUGACCAACAGCUUCGACGAUCAAACGCCGGUUUCGCGGAAAGAAGUGUUCGUUAAGUAUUUACAGUACUACGACAAAGUUAGUUCUGAAGGCGAUCUGAAAGUGUGUUCAGAGACACAGGUGACAGAUGAAGCCAGGCGCGUGCUGCUGUUAUCGGAGGAAGAGCCGCGGAAGAGAUUCAACACGCUGGACUUCUAUGAGACUCUGUAUAAGUACGCACAGUACAGAGACUGCCAGAGACACGUCCACGACUUUAGAAAAGCCGCCGAGUUACUGGAGAUGUUCUGUGUCAACCUGUUUCUGUUUCCGUGGAAGAAAGAGAUUAAAACAUUAAAGACAUUUACUGGACACUUUGUCUAUUACAUCAAGCCUGUAUUGCCUUUUGCCAGGAGUAUUCUUCAGAUUAUCGGAUACUGCAUGGAAACAGACACUGAGUACAGACUGUCUGAAAAUUUUGACCCUGAAAAGGCCAAGAGUAUGGGAUUCGACCUGUUCCUUGCCAGGUUAGAGUGUGAGUAUCUUCUGGAACUCAUGAACCAGAGAUCACAUGUAGAAUGUCUGGAGAUCCUCCGUACAAGAGCUUCUCCUUUGACCUUCAGUGCUGGGGAAGAUGUUUCAGAACCUAUCAAUGGAAUCUGUAAUCUAAAUGAGGAUGAUUAUAAGGAUGAUGGGCAUGUUGAAGGUGGUUCACUGGUAAACCCAGGGGAACAACAGCAACAAGAAUCACUUAAAAGUCAUGAACCUCAAAAUCAGGAAGUCGACAAGUGUCAAGACAGUACUAUAUCUGAUGUAGAAAGACCAUCCAGCUCAUUCAUGACUGAUGAUAAGUCUAUCUUGGAGAUGCGGGAGAACUACCCAGACCUGGCCAUCCGACAAAAACCCAUUUUCCAAAAGUCUCAAAGAAUUAUGCAGCCUCUCAAGGCCCAGGAGUGGGCUGGAUACAGGGGCCACAAUGUAGGCCUGUUCCACGAGGUCAGUACUGACAUGAGUGGCCCCCAGUCUAUAGCCAUACACAAUGAGACCACCCCAGGUCAUAGAAACCUACACAUCUCAAACACAAUUGUAGAGGCCCAGCCCUUAGAUGACAAACCGUUAGUGCUUCAGGUCGGGACACCGCUGCAAGGACGCAACCGUAAAGGCUCAACAGAUGACUGCCUGGUUGAGCUCACUGAGCGAAUGGGGAAAAUGCACAUGAAGGACCUCAGUGCCGAUGAACCCCUUAAAUACCCCAUAGAGGAGACCGCACAGGCCCAGCCAUUCAGUGGACAUAAUGAGGUCAUCACAACCCCACCCACAAAAUCCCCAGAUGGCAUGAGUCUGCCCAUCUUGUGCAGCCCAUCCCAGGAGCCAGUCUGCAACAUUGCAGGUUGCGGGAGCUGUGCUGGAUCUGAUGGCGUUCUUGCACAGGACAACACUAUCAAAGAGCCUCCUCAGUCAAUCUACAUCCCUAGCGAAUGUACAACAGUGUUUGGACCACCAACUCACCACAGUCAGACUGCCAAUGAGGGCUCAAGCGCACACAAGAGUCCCACAUCUCAACAACCAGAAGAUGACCUAGACCAAACAUACGUGAUGGUUUAGAGACACAAAGUAUUCAAGGUUUUUCCUUAUCCAUGCCAGAGAUUUUAAAGUGUGCUACAGUGUGACAGUGCAGUUAAUCUCGAAAUAAUAUCUUUGUGCUAGUAAUGUACGAAGCAUUUUUAUUGAUGGCAAAUUUCUUAAAUUUUUAAGUUAAUAAAUUCCUAAUUUCAGAAUAGCUUUGGUAUCUUACAAUUUCUGAAGGUAACAGGAAGAAUGUCUCUGUGUGCCCUAACAUAGCUUUUUAAAGUGAAGGAUUCUUGCUGCUAUAAUUUUAAUGAACCCAGCUAACAUUUCAUGGUUUGUCCAUGGAUUCUGUGUCUGUCCUAUGUGAAUUAGCCCCAGUAGGGCCCAUACCUCAAGCCCGUAUCACACCUACAUUGGCCCCACCAUGAAAUGUCAUCUGGGAGCUUGCUUGGGUCAAAAUGAUUCUUAGAGCUUCAUUUUUUAGAUACUGUGCCUUACUAAAUGUAGAGAGACAGCUAAAUGUGCACCUACUUGUCUUAAUGGAACAUUUGUUCUGCAGGAAUGUCUAACCUUGGAUUCAUGUAGGUUAAUAUAAGUGUUAAAAUAUGGUGUUGUGGUGAAUCUUAUACUGCCUAUUAUUGAAAGUAAUAAGGUGCAAACAUUUUUUGUAUUGAUCUUACAGUACUACUGAGGCUACAUUGGAGCAUGUCAUAAACAUUAUGUGACUGUAGAUUUAAAAUGUAAUAAAAUCAAUAUUUUCAAAUA